AUGAACCCCCGGAGAAAAAAGCCACAGCAGGGCGCGCCUAAUGAGAUCCUAAUGUUCAACUCGGCCCAUCAAGGUGAGUCCGGAACCUCCGUAGGAAGAAAAAGAGAUCGAUCCCCGCGGCCGAGUACCGACCAGGCUGAUUUCUCACCCCGGCGCGUAAACAUAAGCCGAGGUGAAUCCCUCCUUUCGAGGAGGCUGACAAAGGCCUACGCCCGGCAAGCUUAUUAUUUCGGGCAGAGAGUGAUGCACGCCGGAAGCAGACCGGCGGCUGAGCCGACGCCCAAUAAAAUCUCCUUCACUGAUGAGGAUGCAUUUCUGUUCGACCAUCCCCACUCGGACACCCUGGUGAUCACGGCCCCAAUAAUGGCUAUCAAGAUCCACCGAAUAAUGGUUGACACCGGGGCCUACGCGAGCAUCCUGUAUUACAGCACGUUCAAGGAGAUGGGGAUUGACAGGAAGGAAGUGCAACCUUGCCGGGAGCGGAUCCAAGGGUUUAACGGUCAAAUGACAACCCCCGUUGGUCAGUGGACUGCCCGAGCGAAUACAACGCCAUCCUGGGCAGAACGGCUCUUUACAAGCUGA